UGUACAUAAGAAAGAAACUUGCAAAAUAAUAAUAACAAAAAAUUUAAAUUAAAUAUAAUAAAAUGGAGUUAAAUAUGUCUGAACAAAGUGAACGUCUGAAUCCUGAAAAUGGACAACUGUCGAGAAAAUUUGAACUAACUCAUGGCACUAAAUUGUCCUUGCACGAGGCAACGGAUGUACUCAAGAAACCACAAUGGAGCGCCCUGAUAGCGUUGGUGGGCUUUGCCGCCACACUCGGCUCUGCAGUUCCAGUUGGUUACUGUAUCGGUGUUAUCAACGCACCGGCAACGAUUAUAAAGGCGUGGUGUAAUGAAACACUGCAUGCGCGUUAUGGUGCUAACCUAAGUGCUUCCGGUUUAGAACUGCUAUGGUCAUCGGUGGUAUCGAUUUUUCUAAUAGGCGGAGCUAUCGGCUCGCUUGGAGGGGCUAAUGCAGCCAAUAAAUUCGGCAGAAAAGCUUGCUUUCUCAUCAGUGGCGGCCUAUUCACGUUUGGUGCGAUUCUCUUCUUCUUCUGCCACGCUGCCGGCUCUGUGGAAAUGCUCUUACUUGGCCGUUUGAUAGUCGGUCUCGCUUCUGGCCUAACAACAGCCAUAUUGCCGAUGUACCUCACAGAAAUUGCACCACUUCCACUGCGUGGCACAUUUGGCGUCUUUUGCGCCAUUGGUGUGACUGGUGGUGUCGUGGUGGGGCAAGUAUUUAGUUUGCGUUAUAUCUUCGGUACGGAGGAGCUGUGGCACUAUGCCUUAAGCUUUUACAUCCUGUUGGUGGCAGUAUGCUACCUACCGGCAUACUACUUUCCGGAGAGUCCGAAAUAUCUUUACAUUGUACGUGGCGAUCACGAGCUGGCUCACAGUGAACUACGUCGCCUAUGUAAGGGACCCAAUGCAUUGGUUUUGAUCAAUCAUGAAAUCGAUGAGAUGGAAGCCGAAGCGAAUACUAAAGUGCAAACACGCAGCUUCUUUUCGGUGCUAUGUGAUCCGUCCCUGCUGCUGCCUUUGAUAAUUGUCUGCGCAUUUCAAGGCGGUCAACAGUUGUCUGGCAUCAAUGCGAUCUUCUACUAUUCUGUAUCAAUUUUUGAGAAAGCUGGACUUUCCACAGCCGAUGCGGAAUGGGCGAAUUUGGGCGCUGGUUGCCUUAAUUUGUGUGUGUCCCUAAUGGGUCCAUUGUUGAUGUCAAAGUUCAAUCGUCGUCCGUUGAUGUUGUUCUCCAGCGGUAUUUGUGCAGGCUUCCUUUUUACGAUCGCUUUUGUUUUGUACUAUAUCGAUACAUCCAGCUUGUUCCCGAUGUUCUGUAUUGUUUGCGUUAUGGGCUACAUUUUCUUCUAUCAGUUCGGCUUGGGUCCCAUACCAUACUUCAUUGGUUCAGAACUCUUUGAAGUCGCUCCCCGAUCGGUGGCCAUGUCGAUGGGCAGCUUGUCGUCUUGGGUUUGUAAUUUCACAGUCGGCAUGGCAUUUCCAUCGCUACAGAAUCUAUGGGGUGCUUUCGUUUUCUUGCCAUUCUCUGUAGCGUGUUUACUGCUCUUCCUGUUGACGAAAUUCUAUUUGCCAGAGACGCGUGGUCGUGAUCCGUCUGAAGUGGCGCCACUUGUUGCCAAAGGUUUCCGCUCGAAGGUGAAGUAAAUCAUGAGUGCAGCAACCAUGACAAAGUGAUAAAUCAAUUGAUAUGUGUGUAAGGUUAUGUUUAAUAAGUUAUACAGUGUUUUUAUUUUUUUUUUUAAUUACAAAUGACAUUGAUUUAUUUACAUGUACGCACAAUUAAUUUUAGAUAGGGUUUUUAAAUUUUAAAAUUGUUUAAAUUUAAGUUAGCUAAAAUUUGUUUAAAAGCCUUAUCCUUAAGGAAAAAGAAAAUAGCAGAAACUAAUUGGCUACGGCGACUGCAUGCAACUAUAAAACAUGAAGCUAUGUAUGUAUGUAUGCACCUGCGCUAGUGCAAGGGAAAAUAUAUGAAAAUAUAAAAUA